ACCGAAUUGUCGCAGAAUCUGCAGCAGCUAUCCGAAAGAGCACGUUCCACGACAGAAUUCAUCCAGCGACUCAAAGGAAUGACGGAUAAAGUGCACGAGGAAUGCGUGAGCCUGGAAGAGGAGGUCGAGGAACGCAUCAACACUCUGGUGAAUCUUCUUCAGGCUAGAAAAUCACGGCUGAUCGAAGCUGCCCGGAAGACAGGUGACGCCAGGUUGCGUUCCCUUCGGGAGCAGGUCGCCAGGUGUACCAGCCAUCUUCAAGCCACCACUGCCCUUUUGACCUUUUGCAUCGAGGCCCUCAAGGAGACGGACAGCGCAGCUUUCCUCCAGAUAGGGGGGAUGCUGUCGGUCAGGGCAGCGACGGCUGCCGGUUCCUGGAGCGGCGCCGAGGGCGUCCAGGAAAUAGCUAGACUGCCCCUCCUGGAUUUGACCCUUGACGACAAACCCCUCAGAAGGGCCAUCGAUCAGCUGACCUUUGUCCAGCUUAAACCAUCCGAUGGAGAAAAUAGAUAUCCGACAACAGCGCCAGGUGCGCCGCUUCUCAUCCCCGAGGAGUGCAGCGCAGAGAACAACAGCGUGACCGUCGCCUGGCAGCCGCCUCCUGGACACGGGAUUGGCGGUCAGCGUGGUCCUGCCAUCGAGGGUUACUUAUUGGAGCUGGAUGAUGGAUGCGGUGGUGAAUUUCGGGAGGUUUACUGCGGACGCGAAACCAUCUGCACGGUAGACGGAUUGCACUUUAAUUCCUUGUAUAACGCUAGAGUACGUGCAUUCAAUAGUGCUGGAGAGGGUGAAUAUUCCGAGCUGAUCGGCCUGCAAACUGCUGAGGUGGCGUGGUUCUCAUGGGCAACAGGCGCUUUGGGCGUGCCCCAGGAAGUAUCGGUCUCCGAGGACGCCAUGAGCGCGUCCUGCGAAGGCUACGAGCACAGGGUGGUCCUGUCCAGCGUUGGAUUUUCACGGGGUAUACAUUACUGGGAACUGACUAUAGAUCGUUACCACAGCGACACGGAUCCAGCGUUCGGUAUAGCAAGGGCGGAUGUAUCCAGGGACCAAAUGCUUGGAAAAGACGAUAAGGGUUGGAGCAUGUACAUAGACCGUCAGCGUUCCUGGUUCAUGCACGGGGGUGGCCAUGCACAGCGAACAGAGGGUGGCGUGCAGCAGGGUUCUACCGUGGGCGUCCUCCUGGACCUGGACACCACCCAUACCCUGAGAUUCUUCGUGAACGACCAACCCCAGGGUGGCGUCGCCUUCCGUGACCUCUACGGCGUCUUCUACCCCGCUGUGAGUCUUAAUCGUGGGGUCACCGUCACCCUACACACCGCCCUGGACGUACCUGGACACCUGCUCGCACCGCACGACGAAUACAUUGGAGACCUACUUCAGAGCUAGGGGUACCUCACUGUCCUGAAGAAGGGUCUUCUCCAGGAAGUCAAUUCCCAGGGGUGCCAGGAUAGGUCCAAGGAAGCCGAGGGACAGUCAAGCAUCCUCGAGAAGAUCAUCGAGGAGAACUGAAGGAUUCGUAUCACGUGGAUGUCUUCAAGGAUCAUAAUCUUUUGCGCCCUGGACCAGGGGAUCGGAUGCUGCCGGAUGAGAGGACUCGGGACUUCGGGUGGCUACUUCGUGGCGUUUCUUUCAAGACUGUACUUUGAGCGAUUUAGAACGUUUUAGGAUUAUACACGCAUCGUCAUAUCGGUAUUGUUAAACAUAGCACACAAUUAGAUUUAAGAUUACUUCUUGAUAUAAAUAAGUAUUGAUAUACAGGUAUACUUUGAGCGUGAGAGAGAGAGAGAGAGAGAGAGAGAGAGAGAGAGAGAGAGAGAGGACCGUGCCUCCAAGAGUCCAUUGUAAUAUAAUAUUAACUUACUAUCGAUACGUGCAGUAUGUAUGUACGACCAUUAAUCGUAAUUCCGUUGUCCUUUCUAGUCUACGUAGUGAUUCCUUCAGAGUAUCUUCCGUUCAAAAUAUUCUCGCCAGAUAUCCACUUCCUGUCCAACCGGAAGACCCGGUGUUCUCGUCCAAAUCGUAUAUUAGGGGAUCAUCCCAAAUUCCGCAAGUUCACUGAACUUUAACUAGACAGCAUUACAAACAAGAGAUUCAUCCUAGAGCUUAAUACCACCCUCUAAGGGUGGAACUGCUUAACCGAGGGUGCUUGCUGAGCAAUAUGAUAUAUUAGAUGCUGAUACGGUAAUCAUUUACAUAAUUAUUCCCUUAAACAAUGGAAUUACAUGUGGUACAUGGUAAUGUCGUUGGAUAACGCGGAGAAUGACUAAUUAGUUUAAUUGAAAUUUCGUGAUGAUAAAUAAUUUAUUUUUGACAUUUUAUUAUAAUCUAAUAUAUUAUAUUCUUGGUAACCGUGUAUCUCUUGUGUUCCAGCAUCCACAGAUAUUAGUAACCGACGAAAAAAAAAUGGCAAAAUCAAGGAUACGUCAAUCCGAUUGUAUAUAAUUGUAUAUAUACUAUGAGUUAUUAUUAAAUUGCCGAUUGAAAUUGCCAAUAGUAUUAUUACGAAAACUGUACUCGACUAAUAAAUCGCCGGUAAAAAACAAAAAAAAGAAAAAAUGCAUUUAACACGAA